AGACACUGCACGCAUACAAUCAGUGGGAAUGUCAUGUUGAGCGCGGAGGCGUCUGCGUGGACCUUCUAUUUUCCUUCGAGGCCUUUCUAUAAGGACGGCGUGUAAAUAGAGCAGCCUACGCGCGGGAUGAGGCGUUACCCCCACCAGCAGCACCCCCACUCCACCGAUCAAUCACGAGGAGGGACAGUGGCCUCUUUUGAUAAAAAACGCCAAAUUGUCAUUGGACAGAUGCAAUCAUGUGACAAGCCGCACGCUCUCUGUCCUCUGCAAAGCAAACAAUUCCCAUUAUACAGGUCCCCUGUCCACUUUAGCAGUCUAAAUAAUUUCACUAGUUUUAAAUGACGCAUCUCCCAAAAGCGGCUUAUCCGAAACUAACGAGGAGGAGUAGGAGGAGAUGAAUUACGCAUUUGGCCUUGAAAGUGGUUUUAUCAACAGUCAGCCGUCGCUCGCCGAGUGCCUGACAUCCCUCCACGAUGCGUUCCAGACUACGUCCAUCAACACAUCGACGCAGAAUCCUCCUCCCCCUCCUUCGGACCAGCCGGCGAGUUGCUCCAGAAGCCCGCAGCACGCCGCGGUGCCAUCCGCUGCCGCGCAGUACGCGUGGAUGAAGGAGAAGAAAAGCACCAAGACUCCUGCAGGCUCUCCUCCACUAAUAACUUCCAUGUUAUCUGCACGCAUGCAUGACAGACCUUACGUGGGCGUAUUUUUUUCCCCCCGAACCAUGAAAGAUUUGGAUUUUAAAUCAUGUCUUAAAAUUGUGAUGGAUUGUGCAUCUGGCACGAAUCUCCGCUUGUCUGUCAUAAAUCUUUUGUUGCAUCAACGCAACUUUCACCUCAUGCACAUUAUCAAGCCACAAUUUGGCUUAUCUUUCUUGAUUUCAGCCUCAGCAGAGUUCAUAAUAGCCGAAAGCGAUUGUCCCGCGGCAUCCUGCAGGAGGUUGAGGACAGCGUACACCAACACGCAACUUUUAGAGCUGGAGAAAGAGUUCCACUUCAACAAGUAUCUCUGCAGACCCAGGCGACUGGAGAUAGCCACCUCGUUGGAUUUAAGCGAGAAACAAGUGAAAGUGUGGUUCCAGAACCGCAGGAUGAAGCAUAAAAGGCAGACGCACUGCAAGGAGAACCGUGAGAACAAAAGCAAAUACGCCAAGGACUUUUUGGAAGAGGAGCCAGCCAAGGGGCAGAGGUAUUUCCAGGAAAAUUGUUUCAAUUCACAACAUUGUCCUAAUAGCCACAAUGGCGACAAUGAUUCGACUUUGUGCAUAAGUGAGAAAAAUGUCAAACAUCCUCCGGACUGCGCACCCACCACGGCUCCCUUCUGUGCGCCCGCAAUAGGCCCAGACAAUAAUUUUUCCCACGUCUCGCACAGUGAAUACUCCCCGGAUUUGGACGCCUCUUUGCGGGAGCUUCCUCCAGCAUCCUCGUUCUCGCAAGACUGGUCCGAUUCACCUCCGCUGCCUUUAUCACCUGAAACUUUUGAGCUUUUCUCAAAAACACUCACAACUAUGGACUUGCAUAAUUUGAGCUAUUGAAAUGGGUUUAGUUUAAUUCACAUUAUUUUUCUAUAAAGGGGAAUUAUUUAAUAAAUGACGUAAGGUAAAUUAAGACAAAUAAGAACACGCGGGUCUUGGGUAGGCUAUUUAUUAUAUUUACAUCAUAUUUAUUCUGGAAAUAAAUCUUCAUAUUGAUUGUAAUCAAAUUUAAAUCUCUUAAAUAUUUUUUUAAAGGUUUGUUUUAAGCCCGCCCCCAUAAAAAUACUGUUCAUAAUUUAGUUUUUCGUGCAGUUUCGGCUUUUGGACGUUCAAAGAAAGACGAUUCGCCUGCUUGGAGUCAAGGAGGGCAAAAGCUACGACUUUUCUCCGCUCUCUAAUUAAAUUUUAUUGCCUAUAAAACUCACAGCAUUGAGGGUGCUUGUUUAUUGGCUUUUUCGCUGUGUAAUGCCUUCUUUGAAUUAAGUAUGCUUGCACCAUUGUGGUUCCCCCAAACUUUUUUAAUGAUCAACAAUAUACUUGGGAAUUAAUUAAAAAUUUGUUUUCUGCAAAAAAAAAAAAAAAAAGGCAAGUGAAAAAUUUCAGUUAUUGCUAUUAUUAGCCCAAUUUUAUUUUUUUGCAAAUACUUUGUAAAAUAGCGAAAUCUGAAGCCAAAGGAAUUGCUUCUUUAUUUUCAAAUUUAAAAUGAUGAGGCAAAUAUUAUAAAAUAUUAUAAUUGAACACAAGUGGUAAAGAAACACAGGCAGACAGGGACGUUGAAAUGAAACGAAAAAAACAAUUACUGUUCAACUUCUGUGCUUAUCCUUUAGUAUUUUUUUAAUGUAUUAUGCUGCACCCUGGUGGAUAAGGCCGGAAGAGCAGCACAAUGUCCAUUGAAUUAUGCACAAAUGUUUUUCACUUUUGCCAUUCUAUUUAAUUGUUUUAAUAUUA